AUGGCCACAAUACCUUCCUCCUUCUCCAUCCUCUUAUGCAUCAUCCUCCUCUGCCUGUACGUACGAAAGAUGGGCGUGUCACUACCGCCGUUUGGCAGCCGAUACGGGCUCAUUGAGCAUGUCACCUUCUGCGACUUCGCAUCCGGCAUCUGGCCUCGGUCCGCAGAUCAGCGAUAUCUUCCCGGUGCACUUGCACCGAGCGUCAGGGACCGGCGAGGAGAGGAGGCGCAGUGCCCCAUUUGCCUGAGUAACUUGAGAGACGGAGACAAGGUGAAGGUGUUGCCCAGCUGUGUAGACAUGGGUUUCGUGUGUGAGUGCGUCGACGCGUGGUCAAGGGCUCACACGAGCUGCCCACUGUGCAGGGCGGGGUGGCUGUGGCUCGAGGGGAAGAACAAUUAG